AUGAAUGAGGCUGGUCGUAACCCGAAAAAAGGCUUAAAUACAAUUAUGAGAUCUAUAAAGUAUGAAAAUGUAAAUGGCAAAAAGGGCUUGGGAUCCAGAGAUGAACACGUCUGGGUCGGCAGGUGCCCCAGGGUAUCGCAGCCUGGGCUCGGUCGUCAUCCUUCCACUGCAUGCAGCAGCAACAACAGAAAAGUUUCCAUGAAUUUUGGAUGCUGGAAUGUAAGAACAUUAUUAAAUUCAGAAUCAAAUAAAAGAUACCCAGUGAGAAGGUCUGCUCUUAUUGGUAAGGAAACGCAAAGGUAUGCAAUGGACAUUGUAGCAUUAUCAGAGACUAGAUUUCUUUGGCAAGGUAACUUUGCUGAGAAAUCCAGAGGCUAUACAUUUUAUUGGAGUGGGAAAGAAGAAAAAGAAAAUUGCAAAAAAGAAAGUGAUGCUCUGAAAACCUCCUUGGUUGAUGAUUUAGAGGAACUGCCAUACAGUGCAAACGAUAGAAUGAUAUUGCUGAGGUUGCCUUUAAAGAAAGGCCGGUAUGUACCAACUAUGAAUGUAAGUGAUAAUGAAAAGCUCUCCUUUUAUGAUGUAUUGAGCGAAAAUAUCCGCAAAAUUUCACACGAGGAUAAGAUUAUUAUAUUGGGCGAUUUUAAUGCUAGAGUUGGUAAAGAUCAUAAGACAUGGGGUGUGAUUGAAAAACAGAGUGGGAAAUUGUAA